UAAAGGCGGCUGCAAAAAAUUAUCAAAAGACACUUAGUAUUCAGAAAUACAACACAUUAAACUUAGUGAAUUAAACUAUGAAUCAACAUACAUUUCAUGACUUGUCAUACUUGUUGCUGCUCUGGACAACAACUUCAAUGUCUUCAUCACUAGGUGGGAAAAUCCCAAAGUUAAUUCUUAUUUCGAUGGAUGGUUUUAGGUACGAUUAUUUAGAUAAUGUUCCGUCAGAAAAGAUAACUAAUUUCACCAAUCUGAUUAAAAAUGGCGUGAAAGCAAAAUAUCUAGAAAAUGUCUUCCCGACAGUUACAUAUCCAAACCACAUGACAUUAGUAACAGGACUGUAUCCAGAAAGCCAUGGUGUUAUUCAUAACAGUUUUUGGGAUCCAUACCUAGAAGAUGGAUUUUCGUUGAUCGAUUUCAGACGGAAUUUCGAAUCAAAGUGGUUCGACACCGGCGCAGAACCAAUAUGGGUAACUAAUUUCAAAGCUGGAUCGUCAAGAGACAGUGGUGUGAUAUUGUGGCCAGCUGGUGUGGCACAAAUUAAGUCAUACAUGCCACGUGUUAUACCGGCAGGCGACGACUUCAAUGAAACUAACUGGAAUUUGAGAGUGGACACUUUAGUCAAGUGGUUUCAGAAUGAUAAAUCAAAUAUUAGACCAAUUAAUUUAGGAAUAUUGUAUUUUCCUGAUCCAGACGAAACAGCUCAUGGGUUUGGUCCUGAUAAAAUUGAUGGAACUAUUACCGACGAAGUACAACAGAAAAUUUUUCAGCUUGAUGCUUCAUUGGGUUAUCUGAAGAAAAAGUUGAACGAAUCAAACCUAUGGGAUGAGAUGAAUAUAAUAAUUACUGCCGACCAUGGUCACACAAAUCUUCUGUCUUUGGAAAAGGGGCAGAUUAACUUAGAUAAAUAUAAUAUUGAUAGAAAAUUUUAUAAAACCGGAAGCGACAUGAAAAACCAUCUUGUGGUGAAUUUAGAGCCUACUGAAGGCACCGAUGUAGAAAAAUUAUAUCAAAAUUUAAGUGCUAUUCCAAAGAUGCAUGUGUACAGAAAAUGUGAUGCUAAUUUGACAAAGUUGCAUUAUUGCAAGAACAGAAGGAUCAUGCAGUUUGUUCUAGAAGCAGAAGAAGGAUAUUACAUUGGCAACACUGACACAUUAAAACAUAUUUCAAAAGGUGGCCAUGGCUACGACCAAAACAAAGUGCCAAAUAUGCGACCAUUCUUCAUCGCCUUUGGGCCAGCAUUUAGAAAAGGCCUUAUUUCAGAGUCAUUUGAAUCAGUCAAUAUUUAUCCACUUAUGUGUCAUAUACUUGGGAUACAUCCAGCUCCCAACAAUGGAUCUCUAGACAAAGUACGUCAUCUGUUAAUUCAACAACCUUUUAUUCGGACGGAAACGUUCCAGCUUACACUGAUUACUUUUUUAACUGUGUUCGUUUUUGCUACAUGCAUUGGUGGUCUAUAUUCUAUCGGAGCGUUUUAUCAGGUAAGAUUUCGCCGACGGAAGAGAAAAAGAGGCAGUCAUGGCGGCAAGGAAUACAAAAAAUCUUUACUCAAAGAUGACAAAGACGACGAAGAAAGUUGCGAUGAACUUUAGAUGAUCAAACUGUAACUGACAAAAAAACAAUUUUCGUUUCAAGCAACAAAUGUUGUUAUGCAUACCUGUAAGUGCGUUUGUAUUCCAUGUAAUUAUGUCACCUUCAAAUAGGUGUUAUCAAAACUUGCAUGUUAGAAUGAUUGAAUUUAAAUCGAAGGCAAACAAACAUGCCAAUCGUUGGAGUUUAGUGUCAUUUUUGCACUCUUAUCAAUAUGAUGGCGGUUUUUAUUCCGAAACCUUGAGGGGUUUUUUACAGAUAAGAAUACGCAAUAUUUUUCUAGUAAUGAUGAAGACAGUGGUGUUAUUCUAUUGUAUUACAAAUGAAUGUAGGAUUUUAUAUGCAAUACAUAAAUUUGUUGCAUCACAAAGUCAACGUGUGGAUGGUUGUCUCGUUGAUCCUCAUUGGCAAUCAUACCACAUUUUUUUUUUAUGUGCAUAUUGUCAAGAAUUCCAGUUUGCACACAUUCUACAAUAGAAUCAUUUCACUUUAAGGUUUCUUUUCAAUAUUCUAUAAUUGUGUGUGCUGUAAUAUCCUCCCUUCUCGAAACUUUGUAUCUCAUGCUAGAUUACAAUGUUUUGUUUUUUUUAGGUCAAGGAUCAGUAAAUGACCAGUCCAUAGAAUUUUUAAAAAUUUAGAACUCAAUUAGAUAUUGAAAAUAUGCAUCAGAAAAUGUGAAAAAUAGUAUAUGUCACCGACUUCGUUUAAAAUAUUGCCAUUUUAUCAAGUUCAAGUUUAAAUACUUAUAAAAUCAUUUAGAUAGUUACUCAUUAAUACAUGUAUACACAUUUUACCCACUCAAAAUAUACACAAAAUGACAAGUUGGUUGAAUUUACUUGCAUACAAUAUUUUCAACAUAAAAAAA